ACGUUAAUCCAUAAUAUAAGUAACUAUAUAUUAUACCUAAAUGUCCCAAAUUAAGACACACAAAACAAUAUGGCUCUUGUUGCCAAUCAAGAACUCAAAGAAGAAUACGAGUGUAAUAAAAGCAUCUGUCGACAAAAGGAUCACUCUAAGAUGAUCGAAAUUUUUAUCGAUCAUAUGCUAGACGGAGAAGAGGAAGAGGAAGAGGAAUUUUUUGAGAUAGAUUUGGAGUUGGUGAAUAAUAUUUCAACGCCCCAUUAUAAUUGGGAAAAUUAUUUUACAGCAACAACAAGAAGUAAUUGUACUCUUUUGGCUAAUUGUUUGUUGCCUAUUGCUGAUGUUUCCAGUGCCAUUCCUACUACUACAAAAGCUUGUGAUGCCUUCAUUUCAUGGACACCAGGUGGUGACUUUCGGUAUCUGAGAUUUUAAGUUUAUGAGUUCUAGAACACAAACUUACU